CUGACCCAACAGGUCCUCCUUUUUUCCAUUCCCUGUGGAAACAGCCUCCCUUCUUUUGUUCUUUCUGAAAAAGAUCUUUAUAAAUUAUUCAGCUACUUCCCCUUGACUGGGAGCAAUUUCACACUUGCAUUAUAGCCACGGGGAGGAGCAUAUAUGGCGGCACGCAAUUAUAAGCCCUGUGCUAGCUGCAAGAAGCAUUGGAAAAAAUGUUCAGAGUCGUGUAUAAUGGUUCCUCAUUUUCCAUCCACAGAUCCCAACAAGUUUGCCCUAGUACAUAGAGUUUUCGGAACAAGUCAUGUCCUCAAAACGCUUCAAGGUAUUGAGGAUUGUGAGAGAGGAGAUGCAGUAAAUAGUAUGGUGAGGGAGGCGAGAGCAAGGGUGGAGGGCCCAGUGCAUGGGUGUACAAAGACAAUUCAUCAACUGCGGGAGCAAAUUGCUGAAUUAGAAGUACGGCUGGCAGCCAUGCAAGAAGAAGUUUCCAGCCUACGCUUGCAGCGAGAUCAGAUGGCAUCAUUCUUACUCACUGGAUUUCAUCCCACACAAGAACAAAAUCAUGAUUUUCUAUUAGAUGAUGUGUAUAAGUUAUUGGGGAUAUAGGUUUAAGACUAGUUUACUCUAUUAGAUGAUGUGGAUAAGUUAUGGUGGCCAUAAGUUUAAGACGAGUUUAUUGAAUUACAACGUGUUUGGCGAUUUGAUAAUUGAUUGCCUUUAGCCUUUACAAAUUAUCAUUUUCAAACGAUAAAUUUGAAAAAUAUAUGACAGAAUUUCUGUAUGAAGACUCUUUAAUCUAAGGGAUAAUUAUAAAUUUCAUUCUUUCU